ACUGUAGCAGGCAGAGCUGGCCACAUUCCUGCCUUCCCUGAACCAGAGGGCAGUGAUCUCAAGAGACACCUCAGACAGGCUUUAGCAAGUAUGAGCCUCAACCCUCCACCAAUCAAAGACUUUGACAAGGCCAGCUCCAGGGAAUUCGAGGCAAUCAGCAAGCACCGCUCCGCUCUCACCGGCGAAACGGACUUCAAGCCGUUCGUCUACGGGAACGACGUCGAUGCCGUGGACGUCGCCACCAGGGUCGCAAUGGCCAAGUUCCUGAAUGGGGCUAAUGUUCUAGGGAACUUGACGGAACACACUAGGACCCUGAGACUGUAUCCUAGACCAGUGGUCGCGUUCCAGGUCCAGACCUUCCUCUGCUCAAGACCAAAUCGAUCGGCAUUUACGGAUCAACUCGCAAGCAGCCAGGCCGUGGAAUACUUUGGAGAGUGCAGCCUCAACCCUCUGAAUGUGACAUUUCUGAGAAUACAGACUGGGGUAUAUGACCCCCAUCUUAUUGGGGACAAGUCUAAAUGGUUCAGGGAACAGCUCCAACCAAUAGAAUUUAAGGUUCAGUUUGAGAACUGCACCCUGGGAGCAGCCCUCUCCAGCGCCUCCGAGGGGGGUUCCGACUCCUCCAACCCGACGGAUGAGAGCGGGGAGGAGAGCGAGAGGGAGGACGGAGGGGGGAGCUCGUCAUCGUCGUACUCAUCGUUGGACGAGUUUGUGGUGGACAUGAUGAACAGUGAUAUCAAAGGGGACGUACAAGAUCCAGACAAGCCAGACCAGAUUAGUGAGAUAGAUGAACAUUCGAUCUACCGUCCUCCUGACUCGCUCCAGCUCCCCCCUGACAUGGUCCAGAGCGAUAACAACCAAUUUGCGGAUAGCGAUUCAUCCAGUAGCCAGGAUAACCCAACGUCACCCGAUUCUUCGGACGAGGAGUUGCCUCUUAGCGUUCGGAUGCGCAUUGCCCAGAAUAUGUCAAUGUCCGGUAUCGACACGGAUCAAGAUUUGGACAGCAGCGUUUACGACUCUGACAAUAUGUAUGCAAUGACGAAGCAGAAUCGCAGAGACUCCAACGACGUCGACUCAGAGGCUGGCUCCAGAGGGGGGCGAACCUCGCCAACUUUCAUGGACAAGUUCAAUUCACUUUUCAGGUCGGAUUCUUCAGACUCUUCGGCUCCGACCACGCCCACCAAGACCAAGCCCAAGCCCUCCAUCCUCAGGGGCAUCAUGGACCUGGCCCUGGAUACGGCCAAGGAACCCAUCGGGUCACCGACGUCCCUCAGCAGCCUGGACCCCAAUGGUUACUCCCCUAGCGUCAAGUCGGACCCGGGCCCCAACAGGAGUAGGAUGGGUUCCGGGAUGGGAUUGCCGACCAGGAAAAAGAAGACCUCCUCGCCGCUCACAAGAGAUACAAGGAGGUCACUUGUGGAAAGGACAUCGCUCAUCAGACAUCACUCAACCAAGAAACCUGAGAAACGCUCUUCACUUACCAGUGAAAGGCCCAACAGUGAGGACCAGCUUUUCUUGAAGGAGAUUGUCAGGGGAGUGUUAGAAGGGAACAACGUUGGUUGGCUGAACUGGUCACGACUCAAACGCCUCAUGCAGAACGAGAAUCUCAGGGCGCAAGUCAUCAGCCAGCUUUAUCCACAAGACUCGGCUGUCACGGGGGACUACAUUGAAGAUGUGAAAGUGAACAAAGCUGUAUACAAGGGCUUGUGCUCUGUCCUGAAGGCCGUCCUCGCCGGCCUGGAGUACUCCUUCGAUAACCACAACGCCGGUGGCAUGGCCAGCGCCUUCGCCCUCCUGGAGAUCGCCAGCACGCACUACUUCGGCAAGGAGCCCGAGCUGACCCAGAAAGGGGACGGGCGCCACCGCGGGGGCAGCCUGAAAUCCGGAGCACCUCACGGUCAGUAUGCUUUGGACGAGCUGUUGUCGCAGCAGCAAGGAGGGCAUCAUCAUCCCGGUGUUGGUGGUAGUGGUGGUGGUGGAGGUGGCGGGAUGUUAACAAUCGCUUCAAGGCCCUCAGAGUCUCAUAGCUUGAAUGAGGAUAACUUCAUAGCGGCCAUAGGCUGGCAGAAGAGUGAGUCAGUCAGUAGCUGCAGCACAAGCACUGAGGAGGGAGGUGUAAAAGUUCACUCCUCCAACCUGGAAGACAACCGCAACGACAGCGCCUACGAGCUCAUCGACGAGUCGGAGAUCCCCAUCGGGAGCAGCACGGGGGCCGGUGUCCACGGAGCAGUCGGGAUAGCCGCGGGGAUCGCGGUGACAGGUGUUAUUGGAACCAAGCUGGAUAUGACACCGCUUACUGGAGUAAACAGGAACACAAACCAACAGAUAGAGCCAUCACCUAGCAACCACAACCACCAGGGGAGUGAGUGCGUGGAGGAGGGCAACCAAUCAGAGCUCAAGGAUAUCACCAAUAAUAAUCUGUACAAUACAGGGGAGUCUGCAAUAACAUUUAUAGCACCACCUAGCAGCACCGAAAGCCCCGACAUCAGAGACCUGAUGGACACGCCCACCCACCGGCGGAGCAAGCUAGUGGAGAAGCUCUCUAGCAUGGACUCCGAACUCUCCGAGGCCAGUACCCUGGUUAGCUUCAACUCCUCCGACACUCUGGGCAACGACAGCGAUACCAGCUCCACCAGCGGCAUCGACGUCCGGAGCAGGAGGUCGAGGAUAGCCCACCAUUCGAUCAGGCCGGUUAUGUCGGACACGGAGGUGGAGUUGAACGGGUCAUCUAUGACCCUGUCAAAACGCAAUACACCCGCCCGUUGGUCCAUGAAGAGUCGUAAGUCAGCCGGCUUCCGUUACCAUGGCGGCGACAUGAUAGCGACCGACUCCGACACCUCAGAAGUGAUACUAAGGAGAUAUGUCUUUGAAGCUUUUGUCGUGAAAGAUCGGUCGCCAUUGUGGGAUCAGCCGUUAUUCUGGGAGGAUUCCUUCCUGGAUGCCGUUGCUGCUGAGCGGGACGCUGUCGGGCUAGAUCAGGGACCAGCUGAGAUGAUACACAGGUAUGUGUCACUAAGCCCAGAGGAAAGAAAGCGAUUAGAAGAAGAUGAGGAUAAACUCUUAUCUGACAUGCUUUACAACAUGACUGCAUACAUGAUCGAGAUGGAGGUGCCCAAGAUAGAGGUCAAACGACGAGUCAGACGUCUGCUUGGAAGGUCACACGUUGGCCUACUUUACAGCCAAGAUGUCAACGACCUUUUGGACCAAGUAAAUAACUUGUAUGGUAAUGACAUUGACCUGAAACCAGCAGGGAGCCGUCAGAUGAGGAAACACAGCUUCGUAGUCCAUGCUGGAUCUGAUAAUAAAGGAGACGUGCUCUUCAUGGAGGUGUGCGAUGACUGUGUAAUAAUCCGAUCAGGUAAUGGUGCUGUGUGCGAUAGAUGCUGGUACGAGAGGCUAAUCAACAUGACCUACUGCCCUAAAACCAAAGUAUUGUGUCUAUGGAGGAAGGUUACAAGUACCACCAAGCUGGAUAAAUUCUAUACGAAAAAGUGUCGAGAGCUUUACUUCUGCAUCAAAGAGAGCAUGGAGAAAGCAGCUUCAAGGCAGAAGAAUGGUAUGACUGCAGAACCUGAGCUAGGUGGCGAGUUUCCGAUCCAAGACGUGAAAACAGGAGAAGGUGGUCUGCUCCAAGUCACAAUGGAAGGGGUCGGACUUAAGUUCCCUCAGUCAAAGGUGAGUACAGCAUUGCCUAAGGUAUCCGGGUUAGAACUGCAGCAACGGGCAUCUUGA